UGGCCACGGAGGAUCAUCUAUUGUUACUGGGGGUGCUGUGACAAUGCUCAGCACCCACAGUUAACAAUAAACUGAUCAUCCGUGGAUUGGUCCCUGGGUUGAUCAGUAGACGGGUUAACCGCGGUGUAGCGGUGGCAGUACCGUACGUGGACCUUACCCAUCUAAAGGCUUACUCAUUCAAUUUUUUAAAUCUGAAUUUAUAUGAAAUACUUUAGUAUUAUACCCCAAACAUGGAGCCUCAAAUCGUUCUCAUAACUGGCUGCUCUUCAGGUAUCGGGCUCGCCACUGCCACUCGUCUCGCUCACGACAACGAUCAGCGAUACAUCGUCAUCGCAACGGUAAUUUCGAUGUCGGAAAGGGCGGAGCUGAUGACUGCCGUGGGCGACGCCCUGGAUAAAACAGUUUUCAUCAAAGUUUUGGACGUAACGAAUGACGAGAAUAUAUCUUCUGUGGUUGACAAUGUCAUUAAUACUCAUGGGCGGAUCGAUGUUUUGAUAAACAUCGCUGGAGUGGUCUUCCUCGGAAUUCCUGAGCAGAUGCCGAGGGAAAAGAUUGACCUUAUGUUCAGUGUUAAUGUGAUGGGGGCUAUGAGACUCACACAAGCUGUCCUGCCGCACAUGAAAGAAAGAAGAGCAGGGAAGAUUAUUGCUGUUACAAGCAGUCUCGCCAGGCAAGGUCGACCUUACUACGAAUUUUAUUGUGCGACCAAGUUUGCAAUCGAAGGGUUUUUCGAAUCUCUGGCUGCUGGCUUGAGGCUAUUCAAUAUUCGGGUUUGUCUGGUGGAGCCUGCUCGUGUUGCUACCAGGAUGGAUGAUCAUGUAUGUGCCUGCGUGAGGGAGAUACUGAACGACGACGAAAUCGACGAAAUAGACCGCCGUCAUCUAGAACACAUGCAUCGGAUGAUGAAGGUAUCGAAGUCGUCAAGCGCGGAGAAGGUCGCCGAGGCCAUCGUGGAACGGUGCUUGGAGGAGGAGAAACCUGCUCUUAGACACCUCUUAAAAGAUAAGGUUGGCUGCGAGGAGAUAGCGAAGUAUUGUAGUGAUGUUACUGGGGAACGCUCUAUAGCUGGAAACCUAAAGCGACUGGGGUAUUCAUCGUGAAAUGGGAGGCUCCGUUCGCAGAACCUGCGAGACAUCUCAACAUCGAUGUUUGAACAUGUUGAUACGAACGGACAUAUAUGAGUGCAUUGAUAAUUUAGGUGAAUGACUAAUCAAAACCGAAUGUAAAAAAAAUAUAAGAGUAAAAAUGCCUUGAUAAUCAUUAACAGCUAGUGUUAGUUAUGCUGGUGCUAAAUAAUUCUACUUAGUGCAUCGAUUAUCAUCAAAUCAACA